AUGGGGGUGAUAAUCAUCGACGGACCAACGGUGCAAGCUUUUGUGAACGACGACGUUCAGUUCAGAACCGCCGUGGACAAGCAAUUCGUGCUUCUCGAUACCAACAAAGACGGGGUUUUAUCGAGAUCCGAGAUGCGAAAAGCCUUCGAGACAACGCGGUUUCUAGAGACAGAUUUUGGUGUGGAUAAGGCUACGCCACCGGAGGAAGUAACGCUGCUGUAUGAGUCGAUUUUCCGAAGCUUCGAUGAAGACAACAAUGGCACGGUUGACAUUGAUGAGUUCAGAUCGGAAGUGAAGAAUAUCAUGCUCGCUGUUGCCGAUGGACUCGGAUCGUCGCCGAUUCAGAUGGCGGUGGAAGAUGAAAACAGUUUUUUCAAAGUGGCCGCCGAUCACGAAGCUGCUAGAAUCGCCAACAGUUCUUGA